AUGCAAUUUCGGUUCUUUCUCCUCUUGCCAGUGGCGCUGGCUGUCCGGGAUCACGAGGCGGACUUGGAUCAGCUCUCGCUGGAUGAGUCGCUAGAGGAGCCAAAGUUGGACAGGAUGACUUCGACUGUUAUGAAGUUCUUCAACCACGAGGCGCCCGUCACGAUCACUUUCGAUGACGAGCCCCACAUCAACAUCGUCCAGCGCUUCAACACCACUUGGACGGCCGUUCCGAUGACCCAGAACAAAGGUGAUCUCGUCAUCGCAGGGGGGGUCUACAACAUCGUCAAGCUACUUCGGUCCCGGAAUCUACCCAUUUCUUGCCCAGUCGUUUGGGCGCAACAAAAUUGGACGGCCUACAUGUCCGUCACGCACCCGGCACAGAAGGCUGGCCAAGUGCUAGCCGGCAUGGUGACCAAGGGACUUAUCGACGUGGCGAACAUUGGUCACCUGAAGGACGUCUUGGGAAAGAUGAUUGGCAUCCCAGGGUUCCAGUAUCCAGCGAGCGCCAUCAGCGCCACCACGAAAAUCGCAGGGGUGGCGGCCAGCGAGGUGUCGGCAGGGUUGGGCAACCGCAGCACCAUGCUGCAAGAAGAGGCCCUGCCCACACUGGCGUCAGCAACCUUGGCAAACGACACUGCCGGACAGAACAGUACAUUCAACCAGGUUGUCGAUGCGAUCUACGCCGCGAAGCUGGCGCUGAUGAGGUUGAAGGACACGAAGCGAGUAGUGCGCCUCAUGCUUGGGCCGCACUACACAGAGAAGGGAGCCUACGACCUCCACAUGUGGUGCAUGCACCCCGAUCCGAAGAAGAGUCCCUAUGUCUACAUCCCGAAUCCGAAUGGGCCGAUCCCGUUGAAGACGCACCUCUUGGCCGGUUACAUCAUCGCGCUCUCAUGA